AUGGCAAAUAAAAUACUAGAUCCAAUCAUUAGAUUAUACGAUCCGAUUCGUUAUUCAUUUAACACGAAAAAAGAGGAUUAUAUUACCAUCUCACCCACUGUUGGUUCUAAACCCCAAUUGAAUGAUGGUGGUAGAAUUACCUUCGAAAUAAAUUCAUUAUCGAAUUGGUUGCUUCUUUCCGAUGCUUAUUUCAGAUGUGAUUUGAAAAUUAAAGAUGGAACUCAGAAUCAAGCUCCUCAAACUAAUACAACGUUAGAAAACUAUUUCUUUCCAUCUUUAUUUAGCGAGAUGGUUUUGGAAGCUGGUUCAAAUCCGAUAGAAACAAUUAAACACCCUGGGGAAUUUGACACAAUGUUGAAAACAGUUUUAUAUCCUAAAGAUUUCGAUUCAGUCUCAGGUUGGAUACCCGAUGUUGGCGAUGGAAGUGUUUUAAAAGAACCGGUAAGAAAUGUUGCUGGAUUAGAUAGAGUGAGAGUUGUUGCUCGAAACACAAUAGAAAGAGUAGCACGAGCAGCUAAUCAUGGAUUUGAAAAUCGAGUACUUCAGUACAAUAAUAUUGUUGAGAAUAAUAGGUGGGAUAAUUGGAAAUUAUAUCCUUUAUUCGGUAAAAAAUUCAUCUACAAAAAGAAAUCAACGACGAUAAGAUAUUCUUUAGAGAGAAUGGUUCAGAUGCAAAAUUAG